AUGGUCGAGCGUCUGGAGUCAGAUUAUGCUACUGUCGGAUUGAUAUGUAGCUUGCCUGGAACAGUUAUGUACCUAUUAAGUCCUUUUGUGACACUCGUUCUGCAGAAGAUCAACCAUCGUUUUGUCGCUAUGUUAGGCGGAGUGUUGUGUGGAUCAUGUACUAUUGCCAGCGCUUUCUUCAAAGACACAGUUACUGUUGGAGUCUGUCUCGCCUCAUCAGGUCCUUUUGUGACACUCGUUCUGCAGAAGAUCAACCAUCGUUUUGUCGCUAUGUUAGGCGGAGUGUUGUGUGGAUCAUGUACUAUUGCCAGCGCUUUCUUCAAAGACACAGUUACUGUUGGAGUCUGUCUCGCCUCAUCAGGUGUUGGCAUGUCAAUGACCUAUAUGCCCAUGGUGAUUGCACUGAAUGAUUUCUUCAGAGAAAAAUUCGUUUUGAUGAACACAAUCACGUUGUACGGCUACACCGCUGGAUCCAUGCUGCUCCCUAUUGUAACUGAAAGGUCAUUCGAAGCAUAUGGCUAUGUAGGGGCUUUUAUUAUCCUUGGCGGUAUCGCUUUUAACCUUGUCGCGUGCGGUGCAACGAUACACAAGGCACCAAGAAACGCAGCUACAAAUGAAGUCAAAAGUUAUAAUGAAAUGAAUGAGAAACAGAAGUGUCUCUCUGAAGGAGAAUCCUCGAAGCAAACAGAAAGCAUCCAUUAUCAUGAGGAGGAGGAGCAAGAGGAUAGUGAAGAGUGCGUCUUGGAGGAAAGGCAUUUGAUUCAAAACGAGAGACGUAACAUCAAUAAACAGGAUACAUCACCGAAUGCGCGCUCAUCUUGGACAAGCUCCGUCUUUCAAAUCGGCAAACGGUCCUGUGGACUAUUAAACGAACCACUCUAUCUCUUCACCAUCCCGAUUCAUUUCUUGUACAUGUUCUCCAUUUAUGCGUGGAUGCUGUUUCUGGUACCUCACGCUGAACACCUGGGAAUCCCUCCUUCUAAAGCAAUCUUCCUUUCCACAAUUGGCGGCAUAGGUGGCAUCAUCGGUCGGACCAUUUUCAUCAUCCUCGUCGGCAAAGGCAUCAAUGUUUAUAUCGUCUACAUCGCCAUAGUCCUCAUCGGCACGGCAUUAUUUCUGCUGGACUUCAUCGGUUCUGCUUACGCGGUGCGUGCUACCUUGGCUUUUGUCCAAGGUUUCUCCUUCUUCAUCGAGGAUACUAUUAUGUCCAGUUUAUUGAAAGAUGCAGUCUUUGACGAUCGGAAUUUUAACAUGGCCGUGUCUCUCAGUUAUCUGUUUGAUGUCACCCAGUCAUUCACGAUGGUGUUCAUCAUCGUCGGCUUCAUUCACGCCGUCAUGGUCGUUAAUCUCUUCAUCGUAUGGAUGCUCAUCAAGAGGCGACGACAAGAUGUCAGCUCUCAUUUUGACCAUCGAGGAUUUAGAGGAGGAGGCAGAAACUUCUACCUAUCCUCCUUCCUUUUAACAUAA